AUGGCUAAAAAGGUGUCACCUUCGGAACUCAGCCGGCACAACUUCCCAGAAGAUCUCUGGAUUGUGGUGGACGGAACUGUGUACGACAUGACGGAUUUCGCGCCUCGUCACCCAGGUGGCGCAGAGGGUGCGUCCAGAAUUAAUUUAUCCAAGACCAUCCUGAAUCCUGCCCCUCUCCCCCCCCUUUCCACCAGCUUGUUCAUGAUCUCCUACGACCAAACCAAUACGUACCAUACUAACUCCUACCCUGUUUCAUGGUUUGAUCCUGGGGUUAUAGUAAUAUACCGGUACGCAGGACAUGAUGCUUCCGCUGAGUACAAUGAGGUGCACUCCCCCUCUUUGAUUAAGAAGUCGCUCGAGACCAAGUACCACAUCGGCAACCUAGCAACCCCACUUGUCACGGGGGAAGAGCUACGAGAGGCACCUCCGACAACGCCUUCUCCUCAUUCGUUUUCCAAUGCCUCUCCACCCAUAACUGUUUCCACCGGCCACUCCAGCAUGCCUGGUCGCCCGGCGCUCGACGCUAUUAUCAACCUUGACGACUUCGAGCAGGUAGCGAGCCGGACGCUCUGGGCCAAGGCCUGGGCUUUCAUCAGCGGUGCGGCGAACGACAAUAUCACACGUGAUGCUAACCGCACUUUCCUGCAGCGGAUCUGGCUCCGCCCGGCCGUCAUGCGCGGCGUCGGCUCCGUGACCACACGGACGCGGCUCUUCGGAUGUUCAAUCUCGGCCCCCAUCUACAUCGCGCCCACAGGUGCGGCACGGACAGCCGGAUCGGAGGGUGAGCUCGCGCUCGCUCGCGCCGCUGCUGCUACAGGCAUCGUGCAGUGUUUCUCGACGCCCUCCUCAUACCCGCACGAUGAGAUCCUGGAAGUAACGCCCAAGCAUGCCUUCUUCCAGCUCUAUGUUGACAAAGAGCGUGAGAAGUCGGUGGAGGCUGUGCGGCGUGUUCUGGCCUCCGGUAAGGUCAAGGCCAUCUUCGUGACUGCAGACCUGCCGGUUAUGUCGAAGCGUGAGGCCGAUGAGCGGGUCAAAGCCUCAGAGGCUGACCGCGCGAAAGCGUUCAGGACAAGCUCCUCAGUAGGAAUCCAGAGAGACAAGAAGGGCGCAGGCCUAGCCCGGCAGUUGUCAUCCUUUAUCGAUCCCACGCUAUCCUGGGAAGACAUCUCGUGGCUCCGGAGCAUCGCAGGAAACGUCCCCAUCGUGAUUAAGGGCGUGCAACGGGCGGCAGACGCGGAGAUAGCGCUGCGGAUUGGGUGCAACGGCAUCGUUGUGAGUAACCACGGCGGACGGGCAGCGGAUACAGCACCGCCCGCUAUCCUAACACUAUUAGAACUUCACAAAGUGUGCCCGCAGGUCUUCGGCGCAAUGGAGGUGCUCGUGGAUGGUGGGUUCCGCCGGGGUUCCGAUGUGGUCAAAGCUAUUUGUCUAGGCGCGUCGGCUGUUGGGAUCGGUAGACCCUUUCUGUACGCUCUUGGGUAUGGCCAAGAGGGAGUCGAGCAUGCCAUUGAGAUUCUCAAGGAUGAGAUCGAGACCGCCACGGCUCUUUGUGGAAUGACGGACUUGAUGCGAGACGCGAGCCCCGAGUAUGUCAAUACCACGGAUCUUGACCACCUUGUCCCUAGCCGAGACCAUCUGUAUGUGAGAAAGGCGGAUAAUACGGUCAAGUCAAGAUUGUAA